AUGGUAGCGUCCUGAUACUGGCCCAGCCAGCCAAAUAUUUGACAAACUAGCAGUCCUUGCCGAGGCAGCUAACUGCUUAUUUCAAGUAAAAUACCACAUUAAUCGACACUUCAUCCAUCCGUAGCUGGUUUGGUUUAUGCUUGCUACAUAAAUUAGCGUGCGCGCAAGAUGUCAACUCCGGCGAGACGGCGUUUAAUGAGAGACUUUAAACGGCUGCAAGAAGAUCCUCCUGCAGGUGUUAGCGGGGCCCCCUCAGAAAACAAUAUCAUGGUAUGGAAUGCAGUCAUUUUUGGACCAGAAGGAACACCUUUUGAAGAUGGGACUUUCAAGCUCACCAUUGAAUUCACAGAAGAAUAUCCAAAUAAGCCUCCUACUGUGCGUUUUGUCUCCAAAAUGUUUCAUCCAAAUGUGUAUGCUGAUGGCAGCAUAUGCUUAGACAUACUUCAGAAUCGCUGGAGUCCCACCUACGACGUGUCGUCCAUCUUAACUUCUAUACAGUCUUUACUGGACGAGCCAAACCCAAACAGUCCUGCUAACAGCCAAGCGGCUCAGCUGUACCAGGAAAACAAGCGGGAGUAUGAGAAGAGGGUUUCUGCUAUUGUUGAACAGAGUUGGCGUGACUGUUGACCUGCAGCGUGGUUCCAGUACCCACAGUCCAGAGUUAGGAAAGAAACUCAUGAAGAACACUGGUCUCACCCAAAAUAGUUACACUUGGUAAUAUUCUCAUGACAUUGGCUACCGGCAACUGUUGCUUGGUUUGUAUGCUGUUGUGUUGUGGCGUCUUUGCCGACGCUGUUGUAGGGCAAAUGUUUGUUUAAAGAAGUUAAUGUACCUUGUUAUAUUCGGGUUACUUGUUACAUGCUUGCCCCCAUGUUUUAUUUUUUUUUUUACCCAAUUGGAUUCUUCUAGUAAGUUGUUGAUUUGAUUGCUGUGGUUGACAAGAACUAGAAGGUAAUUGGCUCUGGGUGUUUCUGAAUCAUAGACUUGCUGAUGCGUACAAACAGGAAACAUACUGGACAUUCUCCACACUUCAAACUUGCUUCUGCUUGGGGUGGGACUUUUACAUUUAUCUAUGACUUCACAUUCAAACAUGGUUUACUAAUGUUGACGUUUAAAUUUGUCGAAAAAUAUUUACAACUUCAUAGGAUGGUGUCUGUUGAGCUCAGUGGUAACCCAUGUAACAAAUUGUACAUUAUCUUGUAAAUAAAAAUAAGUAU